AUUAUAUAAGUCCAUAUAACUGGCCAUCCAGUACAAAGCUACCACCAAGGUUUUGUAAUGGGUUUCCUCUGCAUUCUAUCCUGUCUGGCUUUAUUCACUGCCGUUCAUGGCUGUGGAAAGCCUGCGAUUACCCCUGUGGUAACGGGCUAUGCCAGAAUUGUGAAUGGAGAAGAAGCUGUUCCAGGUUCCUGGCCUUGGCAAGUCUCCCUUCAGGAUAGAACUGGGUGGCAUUUUUGUGGAGGAUCACUCAUCGGUGAAAACUGGGUUGUAACAGCUGCUCACUGUGGCGUGCAGGCUUCCGACAAGGUAGUGCUUGGAGAACAUGACAGAGGCUCAAGUGCUGAAAAAAUUCAGUCUCUUGCUGUUAGCAAGGUUUUUACUCACCCACAAUGGGAUUCCAAUGCAAUCACCAAUGAUAUUGCUCUGAUUAAACUGGCAACACCAGCUGUCCUAGGGAACACUGUUAAUCCAGUUUGCCUGGGUGGUAGUCAACAUCAAGAAGGUGGCAGACUGUGUGUUACCAGUGGAUGGGGAAAGACUAGAUACAAUGCAUUUUUAACUCCCAACAAGCUCCAACAGACUGCUCUCCCUCUUCUGAACAAUGAACAGUGUGCCAGUGACUACUGGGGUGACUACAUCGCUGAUGUUAUGAUCUGCGCUGGUGCUGCUGGAUCUUCAUCCUGCAUGGGUGAUUCUGGUGGACCUCUAGUGUGCCAGGAAAAUGGUUCCUGGACACUUGUUGGUAUUGUAUCCUGGGGAAGCAGUACAUGCUCAACAUCCUAUCCAGGAGUGUAUGCCCGUGUGUCCAAACUUCGAAACUGGGUUGAUGAAAUCCUUGCUGCAAACUAAAACCUGCACACCAAAUAAAAAAUAGUCAAUAAAGCUCCUUGAUUAUGUUACAA